AUGUCGAUGUCUCAGGAUUCUCUCAAGAACAGCCGCUCGUGCGGCAUCAACCUCCACUGCCGCGCAGACAACGAAAGCCGCUGUUUGAGACCGGACUACAAGCCGGAGCCUCUUCCCGCGCGCUUUAGAGAGCUCAAGCUAAAGUUCUGGAAAAAGAAUGAAAAAGCCUUGACGGAAAGUUGGAAACGGCUCCUGCCUAGCAUGGAAGAGGAGGUGGAAAAAAUUAAGUCUCAAGGUAGUGAUAUUAUCCCUUCAGUGGAAUAUGCCGAUGUGGUAUCGGGAAAGAUCUCCGAAGCAGACCUGAACGAGAUCCGCCACCGGGGUACUGUGGUCAUUCGCAAUGUGAUUCCUCGGGAUCAGGCCUUGGACUAUAAGCAGCGCAUCCGUGACUAUAUCGCUGCCAACAAAGAGCAUGUGAAGGCAUUCCCUGCAGACUCUCCCGCCGUUUAUGAACUGUAUUGGACUCCGUCUCAAGUGGAAGCCCGCGCCCAUGCCAACAUGCUCGACACCCAGCGUUUCCUGCAGCGUCUGUGGCACUCAUCAGACCCCAUUUCAAAGGUCUCCACUUCUAACCCGCUCAUAUAUGCGGAUCGCCUGCGUAUCAGAGACCCUGGUGAUUCCAAGUUCACUCUUGGCCCGCACGUCGACGGCGGCUCCCUUGAGCGCUGGGAAGACCCCGAGUACUCCAGUGUCUACACCAAGAUCUUGGAAGGCAAGUGGGAACAGUAUGACCCGUGGGAUAUCCGCCACCGCCUGAAUGCCAAGAUGGACAUGUAUAAUGGUGCAGGCGCUUGCUCCAUGCUACGCUUCUUCCAGGGCUGGCUUUCCAUGUCCGACACUGCACCCGGCGAGGGUACCCUCCAUGUGUGCCCUAUGCUCAUUCAUAGCACGGCGUACACCCUUCUGCGACCUUUCUUUGACGUGAAGACCCUCGAGCCUAACCUGGACUCCACCUUCCCCGGUUCCGUGGGAGGUGCUUGCCAGGAAUUCAGCCCUGUUACCCACCCCCACAUGGAUCUGGAGACUACUAUGGUCUCGGUGCCCAAGGUUGAGCCUGGUGACUAUGUCGCCUGGCACUGUGAUUCCCUGCACUCAGUUGAUAAGGAGCACCAUGGCAAGGGUGACUCCAGCGUGCUGUACAUUCCUGCCACACCGCUGUGCGAAAAGAACGUCGAUUAUCUCCUGAAGCAGCGACAGGCUGCUCUCUCCUACUCGCCGCCAUGGGAUUUCCCCGGUGCUGGCGGCCCUGGCGAGAAGGGCUUCAAGGGCGCGAUGGAUUGGUCUUCCUUGAGCCCCGAGGGACAGCGUGCUAUGGGUCUCGGUAACAAGCUCUGGGAGAUUACCAACGCCAUGAGUGAGGGUGAGAAGGAUGCUGUGCGUUCGGCCAACAAAGCCUGCUUUGGAGUGUAA